AUGAAGACCUUCUACGCCCUUGUUUCCUUGUUUGCAACCCUUGCCGUUGCCGACAUGCUCCCUGCCUGUGCUAAUGCUUGCAUUGUGGAGGGUAUGCAGCACGUCCCUUGCAAAAUGGAUGAAAUCAAGUGUCUUUGCAAGAAGGACAACAUUGCUAUUCUCCAAGCUGAUGGCAUGCCCUGCCUCCAAGAGUCAUGUGGAGAGAAGAAGGCUGAAAAUAUGAUGAGCAUGGCUCUGGACCUCUGCUCCAUUGUCAAGACCGAUUAA